AUGUCUACAAAUGGUAUUAACCUUACUGAACCAGGUUUAUCUUUUAAAAAAUGCUGCUCAACAUUGUUUCCUUUAAUUUGUAAUUCAUCAUCACCAUCUCUUGCUUCUUAUAUUCAUCGUAUUCAUUUUGAUGGAACAAAUUCAAGUGCUUCUGAUUUUAUAUAUGAAUGGCUAUUUUAUAAUAACAACAAUCAUGAUGGAAAUAUUCAUCGUUAUCCUAAUCUUAAAUCAGUUGUUCUUACUCGAUGCUUGUUGGUUGAAUCAUUAAAUAGAACUUUAAAAUUAUUUAUGAAACAUCGACUAGAUGAGCUUACAUUAACAUUCGAUAAAGAGGCAUUCGAAUUCGAGCGAUACUUGAAUGUACCUCAAAUACUUGUUUUGAUUAAAGAGAAACAAGUUGCCAUGCUGAAACAACUUCUACAUGAACUUUUUUCUAGCCAAUGUCAACUAACUUCUUUGCGGCUUGAUAUUGCUGAUGGUGAUUUUUUUAUUGGUAUUUAUCAAUGUUUACCUCUUCCAUAUAACCUUGCUUCAAGUUCAAUAAGAAAUGAAUUUCAAUCCUCUUGUUUAACUAUGCGUCGUUUACAUAUUCGUCUUAGUUAUACAUGUUUUAUGCAUUAUUUGAUUGAUCAUGUGCCCGCUCUCGAACAACUAUCGAUUCAUUUUGAACACUCAUUGACCUUGAAUCCUCGAUCUAAGUUAACUAUUGAAGACAUUAUACAAGCAAAGAGCAAAUGGUUUGAUAUGGUACCCAAACUUCAAUAUUUUAUUCUUAGAACUUUCAUUGAUAACGAUUUGGAGUUUGUCUAUUUGAAAUGGAUACUUAACAAUCUUAAUCAUAUUCAAAAACUUAAACUUCGUCUUGGAAAUACUGAUACAAACAGAACUGAUGCAGUUAUUUGGAAUUCUGUCGUUGAUGCGAAUUUCGUUCGUCAAUAUUGUAUGCCUGAUAUAGCGACAAACUUAAUUGAUUUUGAUUUUUACAUCUCUUCAAAGUGUCAGCAGUUAUCAGUGAAUAGUGUCGAAACAAUAAUUAAUUCAUUUAAAAUUCAUCCUUUUUUUAUUGAUCGCCAGUGGACAAAUGUUACAUGUUUCUUUGAUCCCAUAAUGUCUGAUCAACAUCUUUCUUCUUCUAUGGUUGAUCCACCUAAAGUUUUCGACGGUUUAAUUAGUUAUCCAUACCUUGUUGAUUGGCCACAUAUGCGAAAUAUUGAGAUCAAUAUGCAUCCAUCACUUUGUCUAUUUCUCAAACGACUUGAUACAAUAUUUCCAAAAAUCUCUUCGAUGAAAGUUCAUAUGGAAAUGUGCACCGAACCAAUUGAUCAAAUCAAGGCACGUGCAAAGAUGUUAGCGCAUCUUAUUUCAAUGCCUAUUAAACUAAAUGAACUUCGAGUUGAACAAUUCGAGUGGCUUUUACAUGUUGUUCAAUACGCACCCAAUGAAUUAAGAAAAAAUGCAUUGAAUACUGUGCGCUAUGUUGAAUUUCGCCUUCCCAGUUGCCAUCGUGGCUCAAACAAAUCUAUUCAUAUUGGCAAAAAUCUUGUGCCUUUUCUUAGCACUUAUAUGCCUCGUUUACAAACAUUGCAUCUUUGGCGAUCAGAUGAUUUUCCAUGGAUAUCUAUUCGACCAAAUCUUAAGCCAGGAUAUUUCUAUGCAGUUUCGCUUCGACAAUGGUUUCAAUCUCUACGAACACCUGAAUUGAUCGCUCAACAUGUGGCUAUCUUUAGACAAAAUCUUUGUGACUUAGUUGAACAUUUGAAAGAAUUUGUCUUUCUCGAUAUUCAUGGCGAAAUCGAUUGCGAAAAAGUUGAACCUUAUCAUUCAAUGGUUCAAAUACAAUUUCCCAAUAGUCGAAAUGACAUUGAACUUUCAAGAUUUCGUUUUUGGCUGUGA